CUCUGCUUCGUGCAUGUGCUCACCUGCUCUAGCUCCAGCGUUUAGACAAAAUGUAUGUCAAAAUUGUCGUCGUUAGUUUACUCAUUGUUAUUGCACAGCAUAUUGCGAGAUUGAUAUACCAUGUUGGUUUUCAUGUGACUGUAUACAAUCAGAUACCUGGACCUUGCAGGACCAUUCCUAAAUUAGUUCAAGGAUCAGAAGAUUUGCAGACUUUACCAGAUGGGCGUGUAUUUAUAUCAACUGGGUACAGAAGCAAUGUCAUGACAGGAUCAAAGGUGCCUCUACCAAAAAAAAACAUCAAGAGCGCCAUCUAUCUGUUUGACUUUAAAACUCCAACCAAAGAUCCAGUGGAGCUGAAGUUUAAUAAGGAAUUUGAUGCUAAAAGUUUCUCUUCACAUGGGAUUGGUGUUUGGGAAGACCCAGCAUCAGGAGAAAUAACAGUGUUUGCUAUUAGUCACCACAAGUUAGGAGAGACUGUGGAAAAGUUUACAUAUGAUCCAUCGUCCAAGACUUUGAAUCAUGUUGUAAGCAUAAGGGAUCCUUUGUUUGUGAAUUUAAAUGAUGUAACAGCCUCUGGUCCAAACUCAUUUUACGUCUCAAAUAUAUGGGGUGGAGAAAGCUUCCUGUCACGCACAUUAGAAGCAUACCUAACUCUACCGUUUGGAAGUGUUGUGUACUAUGAUGGUGAAACAGCUAAAAUGGCAGCAGAUGGACUGUACUCCUGCAAUGGUGUCACUCUGUCUCCUAAUAAAAAGUUUUUGUAUGUGGCUGCAUCUAAGGAGUUGAAGACUUACACAAGAAAUGAAGAUGGCAGUCUAGUUUUCAAAUCUAGCAUUGACACCCACAUGGGAAUAGAUAACAUAGGGGUGGACACUGAGACUGGAGACAUAUGGCUUGGCGGACAGCCCAGAUUAAUAGAUAUCAUACAACAUCUGGACAAGCCUGAGCAUCCAGCUCCUGUUUUAGUUUUAAAGCUAGAAGUGAAAGAUGGAGUUGUGUCCUCCAUGCUGUCAGUGUAUGCUAACAAUGGCAGUGUUAUCAGUGGUGCUUCUAUAGCCAACUAUUACAAAGGGGCAUUACUAGUUGGUACUAUUCAGCAAAACUUGCUGUAUUGUGAGUGUAGAAUAUUCCAGUAAUCACAACAGGUGCUGGUUAUGAAGUCAUAAUUGUACAGGGAUUCUGACAUUCAAAUAUUUGAUUUGAUAUCAUUCCAGAAGCAAUUAAUUUAUAUGAUCAUUUCCUUUCUAUCUCUACUUCUCAUGUGUGUCAGUAAUUAUAUAAGUGACAGUAAGUGUCAACCUUUAUUCUGAAAAAAAUAAUGAAAAAAAUUUGUUAUAAAGUAUUUCUAAUAGUUUUAUGAGUACCUCAAUAUGUGUUAUGAGUUUUCUCACUCCAGGAUUACUUGAAAGUUCAACUUAGUUUGUCUCACAUAUAUCUUGGAAAUUAUAAAUGAAAUCUCCUUUAAAUGAUUGAAAUUUUGAGGGCAUUUCACAUUCCUAUCAGAGUCACAACAUCUAAUAUUAUCACCAUUAAUGUGUGUUUUAUUUAAAUCUCUGCACAUUUAUUAUACAUCAAAGAAUAUUUUGCAAUGAUUAUAGCCUGGAAAUCUAAUUGACUCUAAUUUAGAAGGUUUUAUAUACAUGUACCAUAUAUUGACAUUUUUAUGAAGUGCUUCAGGUAAACUGUGAUUUAAACUUUGUAAAUAUUUCAUAUCUGUUAUACAGUCAUACAUUUUUGUAAUUGGUUAAGUCUAUUAUUCUCAAGGUGCAAAACACAAGACAUUGUUUAAGUGUGUUUAUUAUUUCACAUGAUUACAUAUUUUAAGGUGAACAUCUGUUAUCUAAUGUAUCAUUGUUAUCAGGGGCAUUUUUGAAGAAAUCGGCAGUUAAAUUUAUCAGUAUUUCAUGUGAGAGGUUAAAUUAUUCAAAUGAUUUCUGUUAAAAUUAUAUGUAAUAAUAAACUUCAUGUGACACAUUGCAAGAAGCACCUUUUGUGUAUUGCAGGAGUCCAAGCGAUUGAGUAAAAGUAUUUGAAAAUUUUAGCCAACU